GAAGAAGAAGAUGACGCCGGCUAACACGUGUGUUUGCUAAUGUUCCUAAAUGUGUAACAUCAAAAACAAAACAACACCAAAAUGUCAUCGGAAAGUGAAAGUGUAAUCAAUAAGUCGAGGGUUACCCUCCUGCCUAUGCUUUUGGCAUUCGUCACGUGUCCUGCUGCAGCUGUUGAUGUUGAGAUCGAAUCGCAGGAGGUGAUGGAAGGAAACAAUGUCACCAUCUCAAUUCAAAUCAAUAAAAUGGAGAAAGACCCUCAAGUUCUGUUUAUGCACAUGAAAGGCACUUUAAAGGAUCCAAUUGCACAGUUAACUUGCCAUUUUCAGAACUGCAUACGCGAGUGCUGGAAAUCUGGAGUGUCACUUGAAUUCAAUGAGGAGAAUGUCACGCUGAUCCUGCUGAACGUCAGCCACAGUCAAUCGGGGCUUUACGAAGUGUACAACCUGAGUAGUAAACGAAAAAAAAAUACGAUUUUUAAUGUAACUGUUUAUGAACUCCCUCCAGAACCUCCCCCCUCUUCAAUGUACAUUAGUUCAUCUUCUACUGGUAUAACUACAGCUGUAGUUAUUAUGGUCAUCUUGGUGAUCAUUGGUGCUGGUGUCAUCUGGAAAUAUAAAUGUUUUAGAAGGAGGACUGAGCAAAAUCAGAACCAGCCACAAGAAAAUGAGAUGAUGCUGCAGCCAUCAGGAAUGGAGAACUAAGUGUUUGUGGAUUACACACGUAUCAGAUCUGUUCAUGGAAAAAAAACACUUCUUUUUUUCCCCACGUCAUAAAGGAUGCAUUUUUCUUUGUUUCAACAUUUCACCUAUCUAUGGUUUCUCCAGGACCACUUAAGGCUAUUUUCUUACUUUGUGUAGCUAUAACCUGAUGCCAUCCUAUUGGUUUCUGUGCUUUUAGUUUUUUUUUUUUUUAUUUAUUU